AUGUUACUAUGUGCAAUAAGUUUCUUGUGUUGUAACGUAUCUCCGACUUCGAUUGAAGAAUCAUGUCAAACGUACAACCAAUCUCAGCAGCCAAUAUUGAAACAAGAUGCAAACUCAAAUAGUCCUGUGCCAGGAUUUGUUAGUCCUACCAACCAGGGACAAAUUACCCAAUUUAGCCAGAGUGCAAGCAGUUCACCCGCCUUUAAUCAUCCGGGAUUUAUAUCACAACCAAUAUCUGGAUUCAAUUUUUCAUCAGUAGGACCACCAACCAAACCCGCUCUUUCAACAUCAAAUCAGAACAUUUCUCAAAACAUUCCUGCAUCUGUACCUAACCCUAGUUCUAUUAACAACUCUAAUUCUUCACCAUACCAUCCCAAAUUUCAACAACAGCUUCAGAUUAACGAUAAUGCACCACCUCUUAUUCCAUCUAGUCAGUUUAAGCAAUCAAUAAUUAAUGGUCCACCAUUGAGCUCUCCUCCCAUGAGUCAACCGUUACCUCAACAAUUGACGUCAAGUUCCUAUAGUCCUAUGACUAAUAAACCUGUGAAUUCUAAUAUUGCAUCUGGACCGAUAAAUCCCAUAGCAUCUCAAUCACAAUCCGGCUUUCCUCCUUCAUCUUUACCACCCAGGUCUUUCACUAGUCAGCCAAGUAUGCCAUAUACACGGCCGCCACUUACUGGGCCUCCAAGAAAUAGUCCUUUGUUUGGUCCAUCUAUGAAUGUACCCCCAACCUCUAGUGGGCAACCUAUUGACUUAGUUGGACCUCCAAGAUCAAUUGGGCUUAAUGGACCUACUGGUAAUAUUCCUGGCCAGUCUGUAGGACCACCUCAGAGUGUAGGGCCUGUAAGUGGUCUUCCUUCUGGACCAACAUCUUUACCACAUCUAUCAACAAAACCACCUUUAGGAACUCAUAUUCUUAAUCAACAAUAUCCUGGUCAACAAAAUAAUGGCCCUUUGGGAUUAAGCCAACCAACACCUUUAUCAACUGGGCCUGGACCAAUGACAUCUACAACAUAUAGUGGAUCUUCAGGUUUACCAAUGGGACCACAAAUGCAGCCACAAAUCCAAAGAUUGCCACAAAUGGGUCAAUCUGCUAAUGCCUCACUAGGCCCUCCAGGGGGUUUGAAUGGACCACCAAGGUCUAACAUACAGAGUCGAUACCCUCAAAUGCCUUCAAGUGGUUACACUAACCAUCAACAACCACAAGUGCAACCCCAGGGAGGCAAGCAACUUCCUUCACCUUACAAUCCGCAAGGAAUUACGCAACAAAUGGGUCAACUUAGUGUUACAAAACAAGGAUUUGAUCAACUCUGGGGGCACCAGAUGGUAGAUCUAAUGCAGACCAGACAUAUUCUUCCAGAGUACCCUGAAGAUCCACCAGAGAUAAGGCUUGGUCAUCAGUUUGCCGAUGCUCCCAAUUGCAGUCCCGAAAUCUUUCGAUGUACAAUAAAUCGUAUACCGGAUACCAAUUCGUUACUACAGAAGUGCAGACUGCCGUUGGGAAUUCUAAUUCAUCCUUUCAAGGACCUUAAUCAUUUGCCAGUGAUACAGUGCACGACGAUAGUCCGCUGUCGCGCGUGCCGCACGUACAUCAACCCGUUCGUGUACUUUGUGGACUCGAAGCGAUGGAAAUGCAACCUUUGUUACAGGGUCAACGACUUGCCCGAAGAGUUCCAGUACGACCCUGUGAGCAAAUCGUACGGAGAACCGACACGACGGCCGGAAAUCAAGUCUGCGACGAUCGAGUUCAUCGCGCCCGGCGAGUAUAUGCUGCGACCGCCGCAGCCUGCCGUAUACUUGUUCCUCUUCGAUGUCUCGCAAAUCGCGAGGGACUCCGGAUACUUGCAGGUGGUGUGUGACACACUGAAAGAGAAGUUAGACGAGUUACCUGGCGAUGCGCGGACGCAAGUUGGCUUCAUCUGCUACGAUGCACAUGUGCACUACUAUCUCAUGGGUGAAGGCCUUAUGAGGCCCAAAGAAAUGACCGUGCUCGAUAUCGACGAUGUGUUUUUACCAUCACCUGAAUCCUUGUUGGUGAAUCUGGGAGAAUGUCGUGAUUUGGUUAAAGAGUUGUUAACAGUUUUGCCUGGGAGGUAUUCCACUCCAGGAGUGCCAGUGUCAGCGCUAGGAGCCGCUUUAUUAGCGGGGUACAAGCUUAUGGCACCAACUGGAGGACGCAUCACAGUAUUUCAAACUUGUCUGCCUAACAUCGGACCAGGAGCUUUGCAAUCAAGAGAAGAUCCGAAUGCUCGGUCAGCGAAAGAAGUUGCCCAUUUAAAUCCAGCGAGCGACUUCUACAAGCGACUGGCGUUAGACUGCAGUGGAGCACAGGUUGCAGUCGACCUGUUUCUGCUCAGUUCGCAGUACUGCGAUCUUGCCACACUCAGCGGAAUGAGCAAGUUCAGCGCUGGCACAGUAUACCACAUCCCAUUGUUCCGGGCAGCUCGAAACUGGCAGGCUGAACAACUGACUCGUAUGCUUACACGAUACCUCACCAGGAAGAUCGGAUUUGAAGCCGUCAUGCGGGUUAGAUGUACUAGAGGCAUUUCAAUUCAUACGUUCCACGGCAAUUUCUUCGUCCGCUCGACGGAUCUGCUGUCUUUACCAAAUGUUUCACCUGAUGCUGGUUUCGGAAUGCAGCUUACGAUAGAGGAAUCACUCUCAGACUUGCAACAAGUUUGCUUCCAAGCUGCUUUGCUGUACACUAGUAGUAAAGGUGAAAGAAGAAUACGUGUCCAUACACUUGCAUUACCCAUAGCGAGCAACUUGACUGAAGUAUUGCACGCGGCGGACCAACAGUGUAUCAUAGGCUUGCUAAGUAAAAUGGCGGUGGAUCGAUGCGCGUCUGCUUCGAUGCCAGAAGCGCGCGAAGCGCUGAUGAACGUCGCGGUGGACGCGCUGUCAGCGCACAGGUUGGCGCAGAACCUGCCGGCGGGAAACGUGAGCAGCGCGCUGUACGCGCCCGCCGCGCUGCGCCUGCUGCCGCUCUACCUGCUGGCCUUACUCAAGCGGGCUGGCGCAGAACCUGCCGGCGGGCAACGUGAGCAGCGCGCUGUACGCGCCCGCCGCGCUGCGCCUGCUGCCGCUCUACCUGCUGGCCUUACUCAAGCGGGUGAGUGUACACUGUACGCACACAGGCUGGCGCAGAACCUGCCGGGGCAACGUGAGCAGCGCACUGUACGCGCCCGCCGCGCUGCGCCUGCUGCCGCUCUACCUGCUGGCCUUACUCAAGCGGGUGAGUGUACACUGUACGCGCACAGGCUGGCGCAGAACCUGCCGGCGGGCAACGUGAGCAGCGCGCUGUACGCGCCCGCCGCGCUGCGCCUGCUGCCGCUCUACCUGCUGGCCUUACUCAAGCGGGCUGGCGCAGAACCUGCCGGCGGGCAACGUGAGCAGCGCGCUGUACGCGCCCGCCGCGCUGCGCCUGCUGCCGCUCUACCUGCUGGCCUUACUCAAGCGGGUGAGUGUACACUGUACGCACACAGGCUGGCGCAGAACCUGCCGGCGGGCAACGUGAGCAGCGCGCUGUACGCGCCCGCCGCGCUGCGCCUGCUGCCGCUCUACCUGCUGGCCUUACUCAAGCGGGCUGGCGCAGAACCUGCCGGCGGGCAACGUGAGCAGCGCGCUGUACGCGCCCGCCGCGCUGCGCCUGCUGCCGCUCUACCUGCUGGCCUUACUCAAGCGGGUGAGUGUACACUGUACGCGCACAGGCUGGCGCAGAACCUGCCGGCGGGCAACGUGAGCAGCGCGCUGUACGCGCCCGCCGCGCUGCGCCUGCUGCCGCUCUACCUGCUGGCCUUACUCAAGCGGGCUGGCGCAGAACCUGCCGGCGGGCAACGUGAGCAGCGCGCUGUACGCGCCCGCCGCGCUGCGCCUGCUGCCGCUCUACCUGCUGGCCUUACUCAAGCGGGUGAGUGUACACUGUACGCGCACAGGCUGGCGCAGUACCUGCCGGCGGGCAACGUGAGCAGCGCGCUGUACGCGCCCGCCGCGCUGCGCCUGCUGCCGCUCUACCUGCUGGCCUUACUCAAGCGGGCUGGCGCAGAACCUGCCGGCGGGCAACGUGAGCAGCGCGCUGUACGCGCCCGCCGCGCUGCGCCUGCUGCCGCUCUACCUGCUGGCCUUACUCAAGCGGGUGAGUGUACACUGUACGCGCACAGGCUGGCGCAGAACCUGCCGGCGGGCAACGUGAGCAGCGCGCUGUACGCGCCCGCCGCGCUGCGCCUGCUGCCGCUCUACCUGCUGGCCUUACUCAAGCGGGCUGGCGCAGAACCUGCCGGCGGGCAACGUGAGCAGCGCGCUGUACGCGCCCGCCGCGCUGCGCCUGCUGCCGCUCUACCUGCUGGCCUUACUCAAGCGGGUGAGUGUACACUGUACGCACACAGGCUGGCGCAGAACCUGCCGGCGGGCAACGUGAGCAGCGCGCUGUACGCGCCCGCCGCGCUGCGCCUGCUGCCGCUCUACCUGCUGGCCUUACUCAAGCGGGCUGGCGCAGAACCUGCCGGCGGGCAACGUGAGCAGCGCGCUGUACGCGCCCGCCGCGCUGCGCCUGCUGCCGCUCUACCUGCUGGCCUUACUCAAGCGGGUGAGUGUACACUGUACGCGCACAGGCUGGCGCAGAACCUGCCGGCGGGCAACGUGAGCAGCGCGCUGUACGCGCCCGCCGCGCUGCGCCUGCUGCCGCUCUACCUGCUGGCCUUACUCAAGCGGGCUGGCGCAGAACCUGCCGGCGGGCAACGUGAGCAGCGCGCUGUACGCGCCCGCCGCGCUGCGCCUGCUGCCGCUCUACCUGCUGGCCUUACUCAAGCGGGUGAGUGUACACUGUACGCGCACAGGCUAGCGCAGAACCUGCUGGCGGGCAACGUGAGCAGCGCGCUGUACGCGCCCGCCGCGCUGCGCCUGCUGCCGCUCUACCUGCUGGCCUUACUCAAGCGGAAAGCAUUCCGCACGGGCACGUCGACGCGUCUCGACGAGCGCGUGGCGGACAUGUGCGCGCUGAAGUCGCUGCCGCUGCCGCAGCUGAUGCGCCUGGUGUACCCCGAGCUGUACGCGCUGCACGACCUGGCCGAGCACGCGCCGCGCCUGGAGGACGAGGACGACGACCCCACGCCCGACCCGCCGCGCCUGCACCUCUCCGCCGAGCGAAUCAGUUCGAAUGGCGCAUACCUGUUGGAUGACGGCGAGACGAUGAUCAUAUACGUGUGCUGCAACGUGAGCGUGGCAUUCCUGUCGGAGACGUUCGGCGUGGCCGCGUUCAGCCAGCUGGCGGACGAGGCACGCUCCCUGCCGCGCCUGGACACCGCCGGCAGCCGCCUGCUGCACGCGCUGCUGGACCGCCUCAACGACGAGCGGCCCUACCCCGCCAGCCUGCUCGUGCUCAGGGAUAACUCACCAACACGGCAACAGUUCACCGAGCGCUUAGUGGACGACAGAGUUGAGUCCGCGUUCUCCUACUACGAGUUCUUACAACACGUGAAGAAUCAAGUGAAAUGA